UUGGCGGGCGGAAGCCUGGGAGCGGCGCACGGCGAACGGGCCCUUCCCGCCUUCAGCCCCGGGCCUCGGCGGUUUCCUCAGGCCCACGCCGGGUGGCGGCGGAGGCUGCUCGGCGUGGAGCGGGCUCCCCAGGGCACGUUCCAGGACAAGCUGGAGUCGUGCAUUUCCCAGCUGGAGGCAAAUCUUCACCUCAGCCCAACCCCACAACAAGCAGAGGAGACACGGCACACUAUCAAUGUCCUGCACUCCCAUGAGACUCCUUUUAUGAAGAAGCAACAAGUGAUAAACCACGUGUUUGGGAAUUACCGUCUCAAGAUGGCCAAUGAUCAGAAGAGCACGGAGAAGGCAGUUUCUGAGGUGGACCCAGAAGCACCUGGCGCACCUCAGGACGCAGUCCCUGGUGUUGCUAGUGCUGAGCAGACACAAACUGAUUUAAGAGCUACCGGGCGGGAGAACUGGAAUGGAGCCUUGAGUUUUGCUGCCUCUGGACAAGAACCUGACUUUCCCAUCCCAGAAGAAGACUUUCCCCUGGCUCCAUCAGUUCCAGCAAGCCAGCCUAUAGAGCGUGCAGCAGAUAGUGAAGUGCUGGGUGGCUCACUGCCUACAGAGUCAGCAGCUGUGCCGCAGAUUUCAGCCUUGCAGAAACCUGAGGUGACUCAAACUGCGGGUAGCGCACCCAAAGAGGGUAGAAGCCAUGUCAGGGUAAAGAUCCCCCAACCAGAGACUGCUCCUGAAGAUGAGACAGUGGCAGAGAAAUCAACAGGAGGUGGAGCUGCCCAGAAGAAGAAAAAGAAGAAACAAAAACCAUCUGCCAAUAAAAAGAUAGAGCAGACUGAGGUCAAUAGGAAGGCAAAGGAAGAAGCUAAUGGUUGUCAGAAUAAAGAUACUUCCCACCAGGAUGACACGUCACAGCAGUCAGAUGACCAGCUGUGGAAAGAGGUGAGCUGGUGUGUGGAACAGCUGGAACUUGGCCUGAAGACACAGAAACCCACUCCAAAGCAGGCCGAGGAGGCUGUCCGUGCCAUCAAGACACUGCGCAGUGACAAGGCUCCGCUGGUGAAGAAGCGUCAGCUCAUGAGAACCAUGUUUGGAGACUACAGGAAGAAGAUGGAGGAGGAUUGGUGCAAAGAGCUGAAGCUCAUGGAAGCAGCUCUGAAAUCUGCCACAAUCGUGGAAGUGAAGAGAGACAUCCGCAACAAGAACGGCCGGUUCAUUAGGAAGUGCUCAGGAGCUUACAGGAAGAGCCAAGCUUCAGCAGAAUCCCCUUCAGAGUCACCCAGGACACUUAACACAGGCCCAUUCAAAUUCUUAAAUUGCCAAGAAGAGUUUCGCUUUAAUUUCUUCUAGGAAAGUCUUUCAGACUAGAACUGUUGCUAAAAACUGUGCUGAGUAUCCUAUAAACUUAAGAACAGUGGAAAGAUGCUGUGCAGUAGAAAAUUUUACGCAAGAAUCUCUGUGUAUUUCCCAAAGAAAGGAUCCUCUUUCAAAGUGCCUUAUCUAGAGGGUUGAAACAGAUCUGCCUACUACACAUAUGACCCCAAGAUUCUGUCUGCAUAGUACGACUCUGUAGAAAAGCACCUUUGCAAAAGAUCAGCACAGAAUCUGGGAGGAUCUGCUUUUCUUCCUGUAGAACUGACGUUAACCUAAGAAUCUGUCUUUUAUACUGGGAGAUUUUCACGUUCUCCUAUUGCUCUUAAAUAGAGCAGACCUUUUAUAGUCAUGCAUACAGAAGGGAACGGUUUGUAAUGGAGAUCCAGCUUCUGUGAAGAUGCAGCAGUGUAAACGUAAUGGAUAGUUGAAAACUUCCACUUUGUGAGAGUCUGCAGCUGCUGGUAUCUGGAAAGCACUGGGCAGUGUCUGUCAUCACUCCCAUCGAGAGAGUACGAGUUCAGGCUCAUGGAGGAAAAUGAGUGAGAAUUAUCCUUGCUCAAUCAUCACUAAUUGACAGGUAUUAGACUUAGAAGAGAACUGCAAAUGCUGAUUUAAUCUAGCCCAGGGGUGUAAGGACAGUGAUUUCCAGACAGAGAAGGACUUUUGUUCUGGCCAGCUAGGAAGGAUCCACAAGCAGUUCUUUAAAAAAAGGAAUUUUUCUUUAUAAGUAGUCUGGGUACAACCACCAGUGACUCAGAUUGUAAAUCAGCUCCGUGCCAAACCUUGGGUGGCGUUGACAUGAGCUGUGAGAGCCCAAAGACUCAUUUGAUUGUAUUAAAUUUUCACUUUUGAAUGUGUCUCCAGUGUUAAAUUUUCACUUGCUGAAUGUGUCUCCAGUGUUUCGAUCCUGCAUCAGCCAUCUCCUGCCUUCAUGCAGAAAAUCUUCCCCACUCAGCCUAAAAAAGCUGCAGGAGCAGAAGUCCUUUAAAGGGAAACAUGAUGUCAGGUGUCCCUCGGGUGCAGUGCUUCCCUUCCUUUUUAUAGUCCAGUCAGUCACCAUGCAUGAGGAACGAGAAAUGGGAGUGUAGGCAGAUUCCAGGGUGUGCUGAGAGCAGCUGAGACAUGGUAGAAAACAUUUGCUGGGAAAGACUUCCAAAAACCUGAUGCUGGCUACAAAAAAAUGCUUUAUUACUAAGCUCUGAUGCAUUCAGUUGCCUCUGUGAGGAUAUUUCUUUUGUUUUAAAUAUUUUAAAGAAUGCCUGUCUAAGCAUAAGGAGAAAUUGAACGUGGGUAACAUCUGAUGAGGAGAAAUAUGUGGAGAAGACUUUGGAACUUAUGGAAAUCAGUAUGUUAGCAGAAUAUUGUUUUACUUGCUAGGGAGCACUGCUGUUAUUUUCACUGUAUGGAACAACACUGUACAGUAUUUUUUGGAUUUCCAGGGUUUUAUAUUAAACAUACAAAAGCUG